AUGUAAUUAUUUUAUUCUUCUUUAAUGUAACAGAGUUUUUUCUAUAAAUAAAGUUCGUGCAACUCUAUUUGAGCAUCGCCUAAGCGAACAAAAAACUAUAUGUUACCAUUAACAACGAUGGACCAUUCGAAAUUUUGGGGCUUCGACAUUGUGUGCCCUGCAGAGAGAAGUUACCACGGACAACGCACAAACACGCGCUCGGCGGCGGUCUUGCGGGCGGGCAUCGUUUCUAUGACGACGCCGCCAAACUUUCCGUCUGCGCAGAACCGAACCGCCUUCAGCGCGCGUGACGUCACGGCCGGCGGACUCCUCCCCACGUACGAGGUUUCCGAAGCCGCCUGUUGCUAGUUCUCCUGAAUACAGCACGCGAACUUCCAGCCGUUCGUGCCCGGAUUCGCGUUUCUUGGGCUAGACUCGCUACCAAGCAGCUAGUGUCGUCUAUGUUCCUGGCAAAAUCAGAUGAACCGCCCCAUCCAAGUUAAACCAGCGGACAGUGAAAACCGCGGUGAUCGAAAGCUGUUUGUGGGUAUGCUCAGUAAGCAACAAACCGAAGAAGAUGUACGGCAAUUAUUCGCACCAUUCGGAAACAUAGAGGAGUGCACCAUUUUGAGGGGACCUGACGGCGCGAGCAAAGGUUGUGCUUUCGUGAAAUACAGUUCACAUCAGGAAGCGCAGGCGGCCAUUAAUAGCUUGCACGGGAGCCAAACUAUGCCGGGAGCCUCCUCCAGCUUAGUUGUGAAGUUCGCAGAUACUGAAAAGGAGCGGCAACUAAGACGUAUGCAGCAGAUGGCUGGAAACAUGAGUCUUCUCAACCCCUUCGUGUUCAACCAAUUCGGAGCUUACGGGGCUUACGCACAGCAACAAGCAGCCCUAAUGGCGGCAGCGACGGCUCAGGGAACAUAUAUUAACCCAAUGGCAGCUCUAGCGACGCAGAUACCGCACACGACACUCAAUGGAAUGGCCAAUUCGGUGGUACCUCCCACGUCAGAGGAUAACGACUCUGGAGUAUGGCUCACAUCAUCACCAGGACAAAUCUGUAAUGGUUCGUCGUAUGAACGUGCCACUGCCUUUGUUGCUGAUGAAACAUCAGGAUAUUACGUAGGAGGUGGUUCCGGCCAGCCCAACGGAGCAAUUCCCAGUUUACCUUCGCCAACGAUGCCCACCUUCAACAUGGCAGCACAAACACCCAACGGCCAGCCCGCGGGCAACGAAGGUGUUUACACCAACGGCAUCCCACAAACGUAUCCAGCUCCCCAAGGUCUGCCGAACGGUGAUGCGGCACUGCAGCAUGCGGCGUACCCCGGAAUGCAGCCCUAUCCCGGCGUCGCAGCUUAUCCCGCGGUUUACGGCCAAUUCCCGCAGGCCAUACCCCAACCUAUGUCGGCGGUUGCUCCUGCACAGAGGGAAGGCUGUUCAAUAUCUGGUCCAGAAGGAUGCAACUUAUUCAUAUAUCACCUACCUCAAGAGUUUGGUGAUGCUGAACUGAUGCAGAUGUUCCUGCCCUUCGGAAACGUCAUUAGUUCGAAAGUGUUUAUCGACCGUGCCACAAAUCAGAGCAAGUGCUUCGGUUUUGUUUCGUUCGACAAUCCGACCAGUGCUCAGGCCGCCAUCCAAGCAAUGAAUGGCUUCCAGAUCGGCAUGAAAAGACUAAAAGUUCAAUUAAAAAGGCCGAAAGAUGCCAACAGGCCAUACUAACCUACGGCCAACACUUCUCCGGAUCCUCAGUUCCCGGAGUGCUACCGCCAGCCAUUAGUAUACUAGAAAACACUUUAUACAUAAAAUUAUAUAUAUUUAAAAAAAAAACUGGAUGUAAUCAAAAACGUUAUAUUUAAAAUUUUGAAAAGUUGGGUUUGGAGCUACGGUUACAUGGGGGGGAUGAAUGGGAAACAUUUAUAAAAGCAGUGGUGUCGUCUUUGAGGAAAUGGCCCAUAAGUUACAACAUUUUCUUAUAUAAAUUUAAUCAUGAACCAGGACAUUUCUUUAAAGUAUGUCACAUAUUGCAUGUGCAGAAAUUAUCAAUUUUGUAACAAUUCUCUAGACCUGGCUUAUGUACAAUUAGAAACAGACCGUUUUUGAAUGCAACCACAACAUUAAACACUUAGUUUGUACGUAAUUAAGUAAAACAUGCCCGGUUACACUCCGAGCACCAACGCAGUACGGCGAUACCUCCAGCACGCUACUCCGAGAAAUUCCAAAAGGGGCUGUGAUUAAAUAACAAAUCAGUGUUUGAUUGUACAGGCCGUUUUGUCUUCUCGUUUGUGAAAUGUAUCUAUAUUUUGGGACUACUUUGUCUACUUAAUUAAUAAAUCUAUGUAAGUAUGUGUAGUGAAGUAAAUGUAAUUGACUAAGAAUCUCUUAAGGGCUGGUGGUGUUGACCGCGUCUGCUCAGUUGCCAAAUUUAGUCCGGGCAUGUCUCCUGUGAUGCUAUGCUGAAGCUAGUCUCAGCGGCUCGGAGUUGUAUUCAAAAUGGAAUAUUGCACAUGAUCAAGGCUGCAAAGGCUAAAGUCUACACACUUGACGCAAUCAAGAAACACAAUGAAGAACACAGCUCAAAGAUGGUGUUCUCGGUCCAGUAUUUUGUUCUCCCAAUUCGUUCUAGUCUGCUUUGUAGCUUUCUGUUGAUAGAUAUGAAUUGUUUAGCUCUAAUAUUUGAAUUUUGAUGGGAGUAGCUGCAAUUUUUGUCUGUGAUUUUUUAUUGUUUCAUAUGCCAAGUGCAAUAUCGAGACGAGUGUCUUGAGUUUCUAUCAAUGCAAUUGAAAAUAAGCUGGACUUGUUUUGGAUUGUGAUGAUGGUGUGGCUUUUAGCUAGAGCAGCGAAGCUCGAGCAUGGACUUAAAGAGCCACUGACAUAUUUAUAUAUAUAUAUAUAUAUAUUUAUUUAAUUAUUAACAAUACCUUUACAAAUUAGUAUAAUAUUUCUACUAAAUUAAGUAACAUAAUCUUUACAAAGUACCAACUAUAUAUUAAUCUGUAAAUUUUUAGGGGUAGCGAUUUAGUAUAGGCAAGAGGAGUGGUCGAAAAUACUAUAGGGUAUAAAUAACCAUUAUCGAUUUUAGAACAAUGCGUUCUCAUAUUAUGAAUUUUAUCAAAUAUAUAAGUUUAUAAUAUUAUAUCAAAAUGCAAGUUGUGCGUUGACGCCAAAAAACUAGUUGUUGAAGAGUUAGAUGACGCUUUUCGGGACACCACUCUUUGGUGAACCCCCCAAGCCGGGAACAUUAGUCCAGUCCUCAAACCCCACCUCCGUUACUAAUCUGAAAUCGACCACCCCGAAACAUUAGUAUUCUAAGAACGUAUUUAUUAUAUAUUUUUUUGCUAGUAAAAUAAUUCACACAAACAUGAUCGAAUAUUUUGCUACAGUUUUUAUAAAUAUCGGAGAGUUCGAUCAAUGUGACAGUUCGGUGGUGUGGUUUUAAGACUGGACUAAAACAGAGGAGUGAUGAAACGACUCGGCUGGGCCACUCUAGUCAAAUUAUCCAGCCUCGGCUGCGUAUUAGUUAAUAUGAUUAGAAUUAAUUUUAGUCCUAAGACAUAUAAUUAGUGAACACAUAAUAUUUAUUUAAUCUAAUGUAUUUAGAACAAAAACAAACGUUUAUAUACUUUUUUUUGUUUUCGGCUAAGAUACUAUUGUGCAAUAUUAACAGAGAUCGACUGAUUCACUUGUAAGAGUUGAAACGUACUUAUUUUCUAUUAAUUGUUUACAAAAAGAAAGGAUCUUUACAAAACCAAUAGGUUGCUAAACUAUUUUUUUAUUGUGCUAUUUCUUUGUUUAGUGUUAGUGCAUUCCACGCUUGCUAUUGACAUUCCUUCGGCGCUGGAACUAAAUAUAUAAUAUAUUUUUAAACUAACCCAACCGGGAGGGGCAACUCCCGAACUAUCUAGUCUAAUAACAAAAAAAAUGCGGGAGUGGUAAGUCCGGCGGCUCUCUACAAUCCCAGGGACGCAGAUCAGAAUCUGGCCCCUAGAAUUGCAAAGGGUAGGAUGAGCCACGACUCGAAAAAAUAUUGUGGGCUCCCCAAUCAGAUAAGAGCAAAAAAUGUCUAAACGCUGCGAAGUGAUUCUAGGAUACAGGGUAUGUUUUUGCAAUUAUUUGUGUAACUGUUUCUCAUUGUGAAAGUGUGCGACGGUGGUCGUCGUGUUCUUUUUGAAUUAUCAACACGCUUAGACCACGUCCACAAGCGGGUCCCAUCGUCGCAAAAUCGACAUCUCAUCCCAUGUUGUAUAUAUAUUGGGGUCCAUUCGAUUGCACCAUUUUAUACAAAAGAUAUAUGGUUCUUUCUCUGUCACCGACAGGCGGACAGGAACGUAUCUGUCAAUCAUUAAUUAAUCCAUUUUUAUAUUUUAGAUGCUAAAAAAUAAUACGCUAAAAAUCGUUCACGUUCAUUAUCAUGUUUUAAAAUGCCACUUGUAUCAAUCAAGCAACUAUUCACCGAUUGAUUUAUCAGUCUAUUUAUCUGCCAAUAAAAUCAGACUUGCCUUAAACACUAUUAAAAUAAUUCGCAUCCAUCGCAGCAAAAACUCAUAAUGGGGAGUAGUUUCCUUGAUUGAUCUGGUAUCGAUCUAGUCCGAAAUCAUCGUUAUCAUAAAAAAGUCAUCAUUAUUUUAGCUAUGAGUAGAUCUUAGAAUAGGUUUUAGUCGAUUAUUUUUAACGUGUAUGGCAUCAAAUUUCGUAAAAAGUGAUUGAGCACAUGAACCAAAGCGGUACUCAUACUCACAUGUUUGACAACUUGCAUAGUCUGAUAUCUUGCCAAUAGAUGUAUAUUUUUAAGUUUUAAAUAAAAUUACCCAACAUUAGUAUGCUGGGACCAAGUGUUUCCUUUAAUUUUCAAUAUUCUUCUGCUUCGCUCGGAUUUUCGAAAUAAUCUAGUCAGUUGUAAUUAUAUAUAUUGACGGUCAAAUGUUUUAUAUUGUAAAUUUGAUCCUCAACUAUAUUGUAAUAUAAACCUUUAUAUUAUAUCAAACAUUUUUGCCAUGUUAUAUACUAUUUAUUUUAUUUAUUUAUUGAAUAAUUUAUUUCUAGUCGUAAGUAUUGUUUAACAAAGCUUUUAGACCAGGCUCUUAAUUUGCAUAAGGAGAGGCUAUUUUAUGCUUAUCUACAGUAUUAUAAAAAAAGUGAUUUAAUAUAGAAAAACAAGCAUGAGGCGGGUGCGAGUACCCCAACUAUCAUAUUUGAAUCAAUUACCAUCUAGUUUAUAGCCAUACUCGGUUGCAUGUCAGAUUUAUUACAUUUUACACAAAAUUAUUAUAAAAUAAAAUUAUUAUAUAAUAUAUAUAUAAUAGUAGAUAAUUAAAUUAAAUAUUUAUAACCCGCUAAACUUGUAAUACGAUAAUGUAAAAACAUAUGAGUAAAUUAGACAAUGAAUGGGUGAAAUUUCUAUUCAUGUAUGAAUAAAAAUUAUCAAAUUUUUUAUUUUUACACUGUCAAUUUUGCUGGUGUUGUUUAUUGAAAAUUAUUACUUUUUACAUUAUAUAACUUUUGAAAAUAUCAGGUUAUAAUAUAUAUUGUAUUAUACAGUAAUAUUACUUAAUAUUUUGACAUAAGAUUUGGAUCAAUGAUCCAGCCAUUAUGUAUCAUGACAUGACGGAGCGCACUUUUAAUGCUCAACCAUAAUCUAUUAUUGGAAGUCUUUUAACAAGUCAUGUCACUAAUUAUUAUUAUUAUUAUUAUUACUAACUUUUGCCCAAAUAAAACCGAACCAAACAAAUAUUUUACUAUAUAUAUAAAUAUUUAAGAAAAACAGAUUAGAGCAGUAAUUUGAGAUUUGUAUUGGUUUGGAUUUAUUUCGGAAAGCUAUCCAGUUCAUAUGAAACUUUAUAAAAGAAUUAUAAAUUAAUAAAGUUAAAUAUAAUGCA